AUGUGCUCGGUGGAGUCGGCUGUACGUGCGUGCGUGUCUCUAAUUGGGGGCGGGGUGUCUGGGCUUGGGCUCGGGUACGACUUUGUCAUGGUCAACACGAGUCACUAUCACUACUACACCGUACAAGCCCAUGUGGCCAUCCUCGCCCUCACCUCGGCCUGCCUCGAUCUCCUACUGACCAACACGAUCGAUGCCCCCCGCCAGCCCCGCCACCACAAGCGCCAGGAGCAGAGCCGAUACGGCCAGGACUGGGCCGUGCUGGCUGCCGUCCCCACCGGAGCCGCCGCCGGAGUGGUCCGCCAGCUCGACGGAUUGGCCGGCACCACCAAUGCCGGCCACCUUAAAAGCCGGUGUCCAUCAGAGUGA